AUGACUAUCCUUGGGUACAAAUGCAUCUUCUGCAAACGGAUAAAGCCUGUGUAUGAUUUUCACUUUAGAGACAACCGAGGAGAGGUAACCCUGUUCGCCUGUUUAGGUUGUCAUUCUGAGGGCUCCGAGAAAGACUGCAUUGCCGUUUGUCCUUGUACCUUGAACACGUUCUCAGCGUGUCUGCGUACCUUUAAGAGCACUAACUCAGUCUGGCAAAAUAUGGCCUAUAUGAUCGCAUUUAGAAACAAUAAAGAUACUGGAAGAGCCGGAAAUCAAGAUACUCAAAACAACUAA